AUGUACAGCCAGAACCAGAACAGACAGCCAUACCCACCAUUCGAAACAACGACACCACCAUACUACAACAGCCACUACUCCAGCUACUCGAACCACUACAACUCACCACGAACAUUCGCCCAGACACCCCCACCCCCCCCACCACCACUGACGAACACCAUCAGGCCAGACAGCAGGCAGUCAUCAGCCGUCCUACACCAGCAGCCACCAAACUCACAACAGCAUCUAUGGAAUGAAGAAUGGCCUCGGCACUGGGCUUGGACAGGCGUCGACAUCCCAAUCCACAACCUGCGCGCACUCAGCCAGAACAUCGAGCAGAAAUCAGCAGCGGGCCACAUCGACCUCAGCCCAGAUGACAUCGCAGCCGACAUCUCAUCGGGGGAAGUGCUCAGCUACAGCUUCGGAAAAGACCGAUGGAAAGUAGAAGUCGUCAAAGCCCACUCCAGAAGACCCUCCGCACCAUCCACCCCAACAAACACCACCCAUCCGCAACACCCGCGCCAACGGAAGCCGACGAAUACCGCCGGCCCAGACCACCAUCUGUCACUCUACCUCACCUGCCACGAGCUCGAGGUUGAUUGGCCUGUUUCGCGCGCCAUCUCCACCUCCAUCCUCAUCUCCAUCAAGGAACCCCGCAUCCCCCUCCAUCUCAACCCGAUCACCGACCUCGGAUCGCCCGCUGAGGGUUGGAUCUGGCGCACCUGCUGCGACGAACACAGCUUCGAACGCGAACGCGAAGUCUGGGAAUGUCACGACUUUCCCUCUCUCUCUAGCUUGCUCGAGAACCCUAGAGUCGCGCUCUUCGACUCCUGCAUCCUCACCAUCCAGAUCGGAUCCCCCGCGACGGUCUCGAUACCCCAGAUACCCAAUGCGAGCUAUGUGCCCCAGUUGAGUCUCCCUCUUUCCCUGAUCCCCCACUCACUUUCCACACUAACCCAUCCUUGGGUAAGUUCUAUCCUAGAGAGCCUGGAGUCGCUGCUCGACGACCCGAACACGUCGGACCUGCAGAUCCUAGUGACCGAGAUCGACGAGCGGAUGGGCCCGGAUGAGGAGGAGGAGCAUGGCGGGCGGAGACGCGCGGCGCCGACCCGGUUCCGCAAACGGCUGCUCUACGCUCACUCCAGCAUCCUCAAGCGCCGCUCCGAGUACUUCCAGACCAUGCUCGCCGACGAGGCCAGUGGCGGGGGAUGGGCCGAGUCCAGCACCCUGUCCUCCUCCACAACCUCCUCGUCUCUCGUCCCUAAGCACUCCGGGCUCGAGCGCAAGCUGGGCCUCAUCCGGAUCGCCGACUUCGACUUUGUCACCGUCUACUGGCUCGUCAGGUGGCUGUAUUCGAAUCGGAUCUUCUUCAGCGACCACGAGGACGUCCGCGGCCAAUGCCAGCGCGGCGCUGUCCUGGCAAGCUUUGACGAGGCCGGCCGGAGCCCGGUGGUAGAUCCGUGGGUAUGGCAGACGCAUGGGGACCAUCCUCGGGGAGACGUCUCGCGGGCGGGCGAAGAGGGCCCUGGCGGGGGCAGUCGAGAGCCGGCUCCCCAGCCGGAGCCGGCCCCCAGACAACCCGCAGCCUCGGCGUCCGCGUCGUCCUCCCGGAGAGCACAGCACCCCACCAUGACGAAUACCCCACACGGAUUCCCGCCCUUCUCCGCCGUCCCGAAGCCCUCAGAACCCGUCCUCUCCUCCCCCACCACUCCGCUCCAUGCGCCUCUGCACCAGGGGCCCAAGAGAUCGAGCGACUGGGUCGGCGGCGACCCGCACUUGCACCCCGUCCACAUGGCCCCCAAAGCUUCGGCGUUCUCCGUCUAUCGCCUUGCUCAUCGCUACGAACUUACCGACCUCCAACACAUCGCGAUCACCCAUCUCUGUUCCCACCUCACUCCCGCAUCCGCCUUCCCGAUCCUGCUCGCAAGCUUCGUCUUCCCCGAGCUGCAUGCCCAAGUCAAGGCGUAUUGUCUGGCCCAUUACUUCGAGAUCCUUAGUCAGCCCGAGUUCAGUAGGUGUUACUCGGAAGUAGGCGAGGGGCUGUGGGAGCACGGCGGCGAAGUGCUGCUCUCGUUCACCAUGAGCUUGAUGCCUGGGCCGGCCGUGCGAGUAUGA